GCUCUUGAGAGAGAAGCGGAAGAAUCCUCCCGGUCCAGUUGAGCUCAGUUCUGUGUGCAGCAGUGGAUUGAAGCCCGACCAUAGGCCAUAAAUGAAUGAUUUAUCAUAUGCGUGUCGAAUAGGACCAAUGUCAUGAUAUGGCCGUGCCCCCGUCACCCUGUGGCCGUUACUCGGGAAAGAGAGGAGCUACUGCAGCAUGACAUCUCGGCGAUCGUUCAAGCAACCACAAGGAAUUCAGUCGCUAUCGUGCAGGAGUUGGAACGUUUAACUAAACAAAUGCUCAUAGCCUUCCGCCCAAGAAUGAUGGGGAUCCGAAAUAAACUUCAAUCGGCCUUGAGCCGUAUCACCACGUUGCAAGAACACAUUGCAUACUCAUUGUUUGGCAUCUUCCGCACCCACCUCCCUGUAAUUUACGGUGAGGAACAACAGAACACCCUCGGACGAAUCUUGCACGAGAGCAGUUCAUUAGAACGAUGUCUCCCGGCUGACAUUGUCUCGUAUAAGUUUCCGCCAUGCAUGCCACUAUCGCUAUCUGAGGACGAAAUGCAGACAUUGGUCUCCACACUGCAAAAUAUUGCAACUGUGGAAUCAGCUUUGAAACUGUAUACCAUCCUUGGCAACCUGAGCGCCCCUCGGUUCGCCACUUUCAGAUGACAACAUUGUAUUUCCCAUGAUACAAGGCAGAUGGAGGUAUGGUGAAGACCAGGAGUCAUUUUUU